CUUAACCUAGAAUUGUAUGAUACCAUACAAUUAUUUUAUUUAAUUUUAUUCGUUUUUGAAAAGUGUAUACUGCACUUUCCUACAUUUAUAUGGAAUGAUCCGUACAUUUGGGAGAAUACCGUACAUAAUUCUUGAUGAUGGUAAUAAUGGAUGAAAUUUCAAGCAUCAAAACGUUCUUUCAGUCUCACAGCGUUCAUCUUUCCACUGCAUGGCUGCAGGGUUGCGUGAAUUGGUGUAAAGAAGAAGAUCUUCCUGCAAAUUACACUCUAAAAGAUUUACAACAUAAAGUAUUUGAACAGUGGCUACUUCUAGAUUUACGUGAUGUCGAAGUGCCUUGUUUACCUCCAGACUUAUCUAACAAAACUAAGUACAUACUGAAUGGUGAUUAUUCCCUGCAAAUGAUGAAGGUGGUCGAUAUUUCUAAACCGAAGUAUUGGCAGUUGCAAAGAAUUAGAAACAAUACUUCUGCAAACGUCGAAUCAGAAAUUGAAUCCUCGAACCGGGUAUUACAGUUGACAUUAACUGACGGCGUCCAGGAAGUCGAGGCCAUGGAAUAUAUGCCAGUUCCUUGCCUCAAUUUAAAAUUAAGUCCUGGUAUUAAAAUUAGACUGUUGGGUCCAAUAACCGUGAGAAGGGGACGGUUAAUGUUGGAAAAUAAGAAUGUUAAAGUUCUUGGAGGCGAAGUAGAAGAUUUGAUCGUGCCAAAUGCAGCGGAGAAUGUCUUGGCCUCUAUUUUGAAGCUGCCAUUGAAUCCGAAACCAAACGUAAUAGAGGAAAGUUUACUGACUGCAAAUCAUGAUAUGUUUAAUAAAACAGGUCAAAACGUUACUACUGCACAAAUCCAAAAUAACGUGAGAAAUAAUGUAAAUCCACCUAAUCCCGCUAAUAGACCUAACAGCGACCACCAGGCUAGAGUAACGAAUGCACCUACCAGUGUUCCAAAUUCAUCGACAAGACAAAGUAACAACGAAAUGAUGGAUUUAGACGAAGAAGAGGAAUUGAGGAUAGCAGCACAAAUAGACAUGUUGAUGGAAGUAGAAGAAGGGUUUGAAAAACCACCUGCCAAAAGAAAAAAAAGUAAAACCCCUGACUUGUUUGAGGAUGCAGACAUCGAUGACUCUGUCUUUGAAAGUAUCGAUAUUCCUAACAUUAUUGAAAAAACUCCAAAGUCUACGAAUACUCCACAAAAUAACGAAAAGAUGAGGCCGACUGAUUCAAAUAUCGAUAAAAGCUUAGAGUUUGGAGACGAUCUGUUCGAGAUAUUCGAUCUCGAAGCUCACUUAGACCAACCAACGAAGGAAUCGGGGUGGAAACCCAAUACGUCGCAAAAGCCGAUGAUAUUCACUAUAGAGAAACUUAAAAAUAAUAUGCCUAAUAUUAGCAAUGGAAAAUUCAAAAUUAAGGCUAAGUUUAAUUCAGUUGUGGAAAAAUUAACGGUGAGAGACGAGGAAUAUCAUUUAAUUAUCAAAGUGGAAGAUGAUACUGGAGAUCUAGUUGUAAAGGUGCAUACCGAUCUUGUUUCUGAUAUGUCGGGGUGUUGUGUGACUGCCCUUAUGAGCCUCAAAACAGGAAUUCUAGAGAACGAUACAGAAACGCAUGGAAAGGUUUUAGAGGCAUUGAGAAGUUUGAGAGAAAAACUGGUUGAACUAAACUGUACUGUAGAAGUACAAAUCAACUCAAAGGAAGAGUUCCCUGUGAUUGUUAACAUCUUAGGAUAACCGUUGCAGGUCUAGUGGCCUGAGAAAAAGAAUCCAUAUUGGAUUUCUUUUGUUUUUAAAUGACACCUUCCUGAACUGUGUAAAUAAAAAUUAUGUUUAUAUUCA